AUGGUGCUGUCGCUCUUCCCUGUCCCCAGCUUUACCCGGCCCCCUUCGGCGUCUGCCUCGCUUCGCACCGGCCAGGCCCCUCCCUCCUCCACCCUGAGUAUCGCUCUCCGCAACAAUCCCUUUGGUCUCCCCGCCCGAUCGCGCACCACGUCGGCCCCGCCCGCUCCCGCGGAUCUGGCCCAGGAGCAGGCGGAACUCAACCAUGCCCUGGAAGCGCUGGCGCGCAUGUUCCCGGACGUCAAGGUCGAGGUGUUCCGCGAUCUGCUCGUCCGGUUCGACGGUCAGAGUCGGCUGCAGGUGUGCGUGGAGCAACUGCUGCGUCACAAGGAAGAAUGGGUCGCCGGGCGCUGGAACGUGCCGGCGGGGUCCGGCGACGUGGCCGGUUCUCCCGACGAGCACGCCGUGCCGCCGGAUGAGCGGUUCCGCGACGGCGCGUACAAAGCCGCGGUGCGUACGGCGCUCACAAAGGAGUUCGGGAGCUUGAGUCGCAGCGCGGUGGACGCUGUCUUGGCGGAAGCGAACUUCUGCUACGGGCGUGCCCGCCCCACGCUCCAGGAUCUGUCGCGGAAGACGUGGCGGGCCACGUUCCACAGCAUUCUCCCAUCUUUCCGUCGCAAGCGUGAUCGGGACGAGCAUCCGCUGCUCGCGUGGCAGCGCCACGAGAACGGGGAGCUGGUGCCCCGGCUGAAGGAGACCGGCUGCGCGGAGCUGGAUCAGGAGCUGCAUGAUGCCGUGCUGGCGCCUCUCCUGGGUACACAGCGGGAGGCACGGGAGGCGCAGGACUGGCAGCUGGCUGGGGAGCUCAACGAGGUGGAGGCGCGCGAGGCCGACGCCCUCUAUGAGUGUGAGUGCUGCCUGGCGGAUGUGACCUUCGAGCAGAUCGGGGCGUGCUCCGACCACACGCACAUCAUCUGCUACGGGUGCAUCCAACGCACCCUUCACGAGGCGCUCUUCGGCCAGGGAUGGUCCAAAUCGGUCGACCCGGAGAGGUCAACCCUGAAGUGCCUGGCGCCCACCGCUCGCGACAGCUGUCCGGGGACUUUGAACGUGGAUGUCGUCAAACGCGCCGUGCUGAUGGGCAAGGGGGGAACCGAGACGUACUGCAAAUUCGAGACGCGUCUAGCCUCGGACGCUCUGCUCCAGUCCCAGCUGAAACUCAUCCACUGCCCAUUCUGCCCCUACGCCGAGGUGGACCCGGUGUACCACCCGCGCGCCCACGGGAUCCGAUGGCGGUUCCGACGCGAGGGAUUUCUCUCCACGACGGCGAUGAUCAUCUUCCUCCUCGACCUGAUCCCCUUGCUAAUCAUCCCCGCGAUCAUUCUCUACAUCCUGGACCCAUCCGCCGCCUCGGCCGUGUUCCGCAACUCCCUGCUCAACCUGUGCCUGCAGGUGCGGCCCAAGCGCUUCCGAUGCAGGAACCCGGCCUGCCAGCGCGUGAGCUGCGUCACCUGUCAGAAGCCGUGGCGCGACCCGCACGUCUGCCAUGAGCCGCUGCUCCUAGACCUGCGGGCCACGGUAGAAGCCGCCCGGACCGCCGCAGUUAAGCGCACCUGCCCCCGCUGCGGCCUCUCCUUCGUCAAGUCCUCCGGCUGCAACAAACUGACCUGCAUCUGCGGCUACUCCAUGUGCUACCUCUGCCGGCGGGCGCUCGGCCCGCCCCUCAACCCGCCCCUCCGCCGACGCCCUCGCCGCCCCCCCCGACGACCCCACAACGAGAACAUCGACCCACACCAUCCCCACAACCUCGAAGAUAACGACCUCUCCUCCUCCGAAGACGAACAAGACGACCCUCCAGAAGGCUACUCCCACUACUGCGAACACUUCCGCAUCAACCCGGGCGCCCGCUGCAUGGAGUGCACCAAAUGCGAGCUGUACCAAGAAGAAGACGAAGAGGCCGUCGCGCGACGGGCCGGCGAGCGCGCCGAGCGCGAGUGGCGUCUGCGCCAGGGCGUGGCGGGCGUGGGCGACUGGAUGUAUUGGGUUGAUGAGGUGUGGAGAGGUGGGCAGUGGAAGAUGGAGGGGCAGGCGUUUGUGGAUUGGGUUGUUGAACGGGUGGUUGUUGUUGAGGUUUGA